AUGGUUGGAUUUGGACCUGCAGAUGUGCCUCCAUCAGCAGCUGUGAAGUUUGUAGGAGCAGGAACUGCAGCUUGCAUUGCUGACCUGUUCACGUUUCCACUUGACACAGCCAAAGUGCGGCUACAGAUCCAAGGAGAGUCCAGAUCUUCGGCUGCUGAAGGGAAGCAGUCUGCAGUGAAGUAUCGUGGAGUGUUUGGCACCAUCACCACCAUGGUGCGCACAGAGGGGCCCAGGAGUCUUUACAGUGGACUGGUAGCAGGGCUGCAGAGACAGAUGAGCUUUGCCUCCAUCCGCAUUGGUCUCUACGACUCUGUAAAACAGUUCUACACUAGAGGCUCUGAUCACGUUGGUAUCGGCAGCCGGCUGCUUGCAGGAUGUACCACUGGCACGAUGGCUGUUGCUUUGGCUCAGCCUACAGAUGUGGUGAAAGUUCGCUUCCAGGCUCAGGCCAGGUCUCCUGGGCAUGCCAGGCGCUACUGUAGCACUAUCAAUGCUUACAAGACCAUAGCAAAGGAGGAAGGUGUUCGUGGUCUGUGGAAAGGAACAGCUCCAAACAUUGCAAGAAAUGCAAUUGUUAACUGCACCGAGCUGGUGACGUAUGAUUUCAUUAAGGAUACGCUGAUUAAGUCGACUCCCCUCACAGAUAAUCUGCCCUGCCACUUCUUAUCAGCCUUUGGUGCAGGGUUAUGCACAACAGUGAUUGCCUCUCCUGUUGAUGUGGUCAAAACGAGAUACAUGAAUGCUGCUCUCGGCCAGUACAGCAGUGUCCUCAGCUGUGCUUCUGCCAUGAUGAGAAAGGAGGGACCACUUGCUUUUUAUAAGGGGUUUGUGCCUUCUUUCUUACGCCUAGGCUCCUGGAACGUGGUGAUGUUCGUAACAUACGAGCAGCUGAAACGGGCCAUGAUGGCAGCAAGUCACAACUGUACAACCACGCUGUAACCGUUAUUGUCAGAUGAA